UAAAAUAUAAAAGAGAUUCCGAUCUUUUAGUGAAAUCUCUAUUUAAUUUAAAUUUUGAAAUUAAAUACAUUUUUUUAAGAUAAAAUCAGUAUCAAUAAUAAAUAAGAAAAAAUUAAUGAAUAUUAUUAUUCCACAACUUGAUAUCCCUCCUUUGCGUCACGAGCUAAUAAUGGUAAUCUAAAUUAUAUAUUAAAGCCAACUGAGUGUAUAAAAGUUCCAGUAUCAAAGAAAAUAAGUUAUAGUUCAUUCAUUGAUAUAAAUCGAUAUAAUUUUUUACAAAUAUGUUUCAUAUUUUAUCAAGAUAUAUCAAUUUGUGUGAACGAAAUAAACAAAAAAUCUUUAAUUUUAUAAAUAUUAGAAAAAAUUCAUUAUGGUGGAAAUGUCAAGAAUCAAGAUACUCUCUUUAUAAAACAAAUAUGCCUUUAAAAUAUCAUACAUCAAAUAAUGUACAAGAAUAUGUCAAUUCGUUUAAAGAUGAAAGAAACGAAUUAAUGGGUAUGUGGCCCGAUAUUGUUCGUGAAUUGACGGAAGGAGAUAACGAAGAAUUACCAGAUGUUAAAAAAAGGAUAAAAGAGAUAUUGCAAUAUAAUGUUCCGAAAGGAGGAAAACGAAGAUCAGUACCACUUGUAAUCGCAUAUAAAUUGCUGGCAUCUCAAGAUCAAUUAACGGAAGAAAAUAUUCGUUUAGCUCGUAUCCUGGCCUGGAGUGUAGAAAUAAUGCAAGCGUUUCACACAAUGAUAGAUGAUAUUUUAGACAAUGCAAACAUGCGACGAAUUCAACCAACCUGGCAUGUUAAAAUUGGAUUAGAUGCAAUUAAUGACGGUUUAAUUAUGGAAACAUGUAUAUAUAAGCUUAUUAAGAAACAUUUUAAAUCGAAAAAUUGUUAUACAGAUAUUGUGGAUAUAUUUUUGAAGUAUCAUACAAAAACAGGGUAUGGUGAAUGUCUAGAUAUAUUGAUAUCGACAGAUUGGGGGAAGAACGCGAAUUUUAAUAUUUUUUCUAUGGAUCAAUACAAUGAUCUAGUAAAAUAUAAAACAUCUUAUUUCUCAUUUAUGCUUCCGUUCAGUCUUGCUAUGCGCUUCGCUGGCAUAAUCGAUCCAGAAAUGCAUAGGGAAGCAGAAAAUAUUUUGAUAAAAAUGGGUCAUUUUUUCCAAGUACAAAAUGAUUUUUUGGAUUAUUACAGUAAAGAAGAAAUCGGAGGAAAAAGUGGAACUGACAUACAAGAAGGAAGAUGUACAUGGCCCAUUGUGGUUGCAUUGGAGCGAGCUACAACCGAACAAAAAAAAAUUUUAAAAGAAUGUUAUGGAGUAGCUGAUGAAGAAAAAGUAAAACGUGUGAAAGAAAUUUAUGAAGAGAUAGGUAUAUCGAAUAUCUAUUAUGAUUACGAAGAAGAAACGCAUAAUUUAUUGAAUAUAUAUAUACAGCAAUUAUCUUCGAAACUUCCACCUGAAUAUUUUUUAUACUUACUCGCUACAUCAUGUAGUAAAGUAGGGCAAAAAGAUAUUUAAAAACCCAUUC